AUGUGUGGGAAUCUGCUCUGUGUUGCUCAACAGUUUGGAAAUGAAAAUGCUUUUUGUAAAUUACCUGAGGAUGUCUCUCAGGCAGCUGCAGAACUUCAGCAGUAUUGUAUGCAAAAUGCCUGCAAAGAUGCCUUGCUUGUUGGGGUUCCUGCAGGGAGCAAUCCCUUUCGAGAACCCCGAUCCUGUGCUCUACUCUGA